GAGUGAUAUCGAUAGUGCCGUCACUAUUUUGCCGGCUUAGAAAAUUCGUACAAUCCAAUUUCGGAUUGGAUCCACUGCCCACCAACCACUAACCACCGACCACCGCCCACCAUCGGCAAACCGCCAUUCGCCGCAAUCAAAUAACCCGGAGCGAUGGCUCUGCCCUCGAUCUCGACGGUGCUGGGCGUGGCCUUCCUGGCGUACAUCGGCCACUCCAUCUACCAAAUGUCGCAGCUCUUCACGGUGCUGCAGUGCAGCGGAGUACCUUGCUACACGUCCUUCUUGGCUGACCGGCCACGUCUUCAGCUGGCGGUGUUUUCCUCCCUGAACCGCAAUCCCAUUGCAUCCGAGGUGCGGGAUCUGUACAAAGCCAAAAAGUUCGACUACGAUCAGAAUUUCGAGCAUGAUUUUGAAGUGGAUGUGCCGCUGAAGACACGGCGCAACGGCUCCCUCUACUGCCAUGUGGUCCUGGCCUUGGAGGGUGAGCCCUUGGAAUGGCGCAGCCUGCGACGCGAUGGACCCACCGUUGUCCACACGCUGAGUCUCACCGAUUACAUGGUGCCGCGGGCGGAGGCCUUCAAUCUCCUCGGGGAAUCCGAUAAGGGAGCAGCUGUCCAGGAGAAGACCAAAAAGGCUCCGUCCUCUGGACGUCCCAGCACGCACAUCAGGUCGAACGUCUAUGUAACGCUGCUCACCGAUUUGUUUUCGGUCUCCCAAGCGGACGUCCCGCCGGAAUUCGCGCCACUGAUACGUGUCAAUCGCAUGCAACAGAUCCUGCCCAUCCUACAGACGGACACGUUUAACACGCGGCUAAAAGAUCUAGUGCCCGUCACCCGGAAUACCACCGAGUUCACCUUUAAGUUCCACUACAAACCCGUUGGCGUGGGCAAGCUUCGGCUGAUGCUGCUCAUGGAGCACGCCACCCAAGCACUGCUCACCAUUGGAUUCGCCACCAAGGACAUCGACGAGGUCAAAGGCAUCUUCUCGGACACCAAUGUGUAUUUGCUGUGCGGCACCAUUUUCGUGUCCAGCAUUCAUAUGCUCUUCGACUUCCUGAGCUUCAAGAACGACGUGGCCUUUUGGCGCAAGAAGCGAUCUUAUGAGGGUCUCUCGACCCGCACCACCAUGUGGCGAGCGUUCUCGCAGAUCAUUAUUUUUCUGUAUCUGCUGGACGAGAAUACCUCGUAUUUGGUGCUCGUGCCCGUUGGCCUGGGUACACUCAUCGAGCUGUGGAAGUGCAAGAAGAUCCUGCGCCUGGAGCUAAGUUUCAGCGGCCUGGUUCGUCGCAAGCUGGAGCAGGUGGACCGGCGGAAUGGCAAGCAGCCGGAAGGGCAGCUGGCGGAGGAGGAGCAGACGGACCAGUUCGACAGACAGGGCAUGCGGUAUCUGAGCUACCUGCUGUAUCCACUUUGCUUCGGCGGAGCGGUUUACUCGCUGCUCUAUCAGCCGCAUCGAUCCUGGUACUCCUGGACACUCAACUCGCUGGUGAAUGGGGUCUACGCCUUUGGGUUCCUCUUCAUGCUGCCGCAACUGUUCGUUAACUACAAACUGAAGUCCGUGGCCGCCUUGCCGUGGCGCGCAUUCAUGUACAAGGCAUUCAACACGUUCAUCGAUGACUUCUUUGCCUUCAUCAUCACCAUGCCCACGGCUCAUCGAGUUGCCUGUUUGCGCGACGACAUUGUGUUCAUCAUUUACCUGUACCAGCGCUGGCUCUACCCGGUGGACAAGAGUCGCCUGGACACGGGCGUGGCCAUCGGCGAGAACCCGGACUCCGCGGAUGCCUCAUCCACGGCGGCCAAUCGCAAGAAGCGCAACUGAUCCUAUAACACGAAGAGAAGCAAAGAUUGCACAUUCCGUCUAUAGCUUCAGGUCUAGCCUAAGCUGUAGUCCAUUCGCAUUUCAAUGUAAUCCAAGUCCGUCUUUAGUUUAGUAGUGUGUGAAUCCUGUGUUGUAGCCUCAGCUGUUUUAAACCUGCGUUUAACUUGUGUUAAUGCUAACUAUAAAAAUUGUAGUAGUGAUCCAAACCGAUAAUGGCUAUUAAACAAAACCACAUGAAUUUUAUAAACAUUUAAAUUAGCUAAAAGCAACUGAAGGUUGCAAACUAACGAAUCAGUUUUUAAAGAAUAAACUAGAAAAUAACGUUUAGCGACUAAGUGCUGGUCAAUUUCCCUCAUAUCGAUGAGCAACGAAAAAGCCAAAAGGUACACUAAACAGUAAAAUAUAACCCAACGUAGAUCAAAAGCUGUUUUAGAAACAAUCAGUUAACAGGAAAUCAGAGAUACAGCCAAAAAAUGAUCCUAAUGGAGCAUUUCUAUAAACAAGGCAGAAUGCAUUUAAUAAAACAUGAAAAGCACCCAAAACCUAAAGGCUGCAUAAGUAUAGAAUCAAAUAAAAAACAUAUUUUAAAAAUGA